AUGGGCUUCAUUUUCCUCAAUAUAAUUAAAAACCAGAUCUCAGACUUAUUGCUGAAGAAGCCAAAAAUAAGGUCCAGCAAGAAAGCAAACAUUCAGAACAACACCAUGGAAAAAACUGGAGUCCCACCCAUGGCAGCAAAAGCAGAGAGGCUGGACUUGCACCCUUACCAGGCUAUGGUGAAAGUGAAUGGGCCUGGGCUGAGCCACUGGAGGCCUGAAGGAAGCCCGAAGGGGAAGCCCGCAGCUACGGGCUGCCAGCGUUCCUGUCCGGCCACGGCCCCCCUGAAAGUGUGCAUCGUGGGCUCAGGCAACUGGGGUUCAGCUAUUGCAAAAAUAAUUGGUGAUAAUGUAAAAAAACUACAGAAAUUUGUAUCCUUGGUCAAGAUGUGGGUCUUUGAAGAAAUGAUUAAUGGGAGAAAACUGACAGACAUCAUAAAUAAUGACCAUGAAAAUGUAAAAUAUCUCCCUGGAUACAAGCUCCCAGAAAAUGUAGUUGCGGUCUCCAGCCUCAGGGAGGCAGUGAAGGACGCAGACCUGCUGGUGUUUGUUAUCCCGCACCAGUUCAUUCACGAGAUCUGCGAUGAAAUCAUUGGGAAAGUGCACAAGGACGCAGUGGGUAUCACACUCAUCAAGGGCGUAGACGAGGGACCUCAGGGGCUGAGGCUCAUUUCCGAGGUCAUCCGAGAGAAGAUAGGCAUUGACAUCAGUGUGCUGAUGGGAGCCAACACAGCCAAUGAGGUGGCUGCUGGAAAGUUCUGUGAGACCACCAUCGGCAGCAAGAUCCUAGAGAAUGGCCUUCUUUUCAAAGAACUUCUGGAGACUCCGAAUUUCCGAAUUACGGUGGUUGAUGAUGCAGACACUGUUGAAAUUUGUGGUGCCCUGAAGAACAUCGUGGCAGUGGGAGCCGGGUUCUGCGAUGGCCUCCACUGUGGCAACAACACCAAGGCUGCCGCCAUCCGACUGGGGCUCAUGGAAAUGAUCGCCUUCGCCAGGAUCUUCUGCACGGGCCAGGUGUCCACGAACACCUUCCUGGAGAGCUGCGGCGUGGCGGACCUGAUCACCACCUGCUAUGCAGGCCGGAACCGCAAGGUGGCGGAAGCUUUUGCCAGGACCGGAAAGACCCUUGAAGAACUGGAGAAGGAGAUGCUGAAUGGGCAGAAGCUGCAAGGUCCUCAGACUUCCGCUGAGGUGUACCGCGUCCUCAAACAGAGGGGGCUGCUCAACAAGUUUCCACUGUUCACUGCGGUGUACCAGAUCUGCUACGAAGGCAGGCCUGUUGAAGAGAUGUUGUCUUGUCUCCAGAGCCAUCCAGAGCAUAUAUAA